AUGAAGGGAAGGCAGAUCACAGCAAGGAAAGAAUGUAUGCCUCAUUUAGGAGUGAAAAGCCUCCUUCUCGAUUCAGGUUCUGCUGAGACAAACAAGCUUGGUGGCUCUGCAACCAUUUAUAACCAGCCUCUUUGCCCUAAGCCUCGCAGAGCCAACUCUGCCAUACCUGAAUUCCUCAUGCCCUUAAGAUGUAACAAGCACAGUUCUAAACCCACAAAAGAUUUCAUCUCUUCUUCUUCUCCACCCAAAAAGAUUCAUUCUUUUGAACAAGGAAAACAAACCCAGCUCACCAAAUGCAUACUCUUCCUUUUCCCAUCAAUCUUGACCCUUGUCCUUCUUCUUCAGAGCUGCGACGGCCGAGUCUUCAGCUUCGAGAUGCACCACCGCUUCUCCGACCCCAUCAAGCAGUGGUCGGAGGCCGUCACCAGCCUCCUCCCGGAAAAAAGAAUGGGAUUUGGUUUUGUUGUUGUUUUGGGUAGUUUGCAUUAUACGAUGGUGCAAUUGGGGACGCCGGGAAUGAAGUUUAUGGUGGCGCUUGAUACCGGGAGUGACCUGUUUUGGGUGCCUUGUGUAGGAACUGCUUAUGCUCCUAAUGUUAUGGUUUAUGAUCCCGAAGGGUCAUCGACUAGCAAGAAAAUCCGUUGCAACAACAGGUUGUGUAUGCAGCGUAAUAAAUGUUUGGGAGCGUUGUACACGUGCCCUUUUAGUGUGUCUUUUAAGUCUAAUGAAACUUCUACUUCUGGGAUAUUGGUAGAGGAUGUUCUGCACUUAACAACAGAAGAUAGUCAUCACGAAUUUGUUGUGGCAUGCCUUACCUUUGGUUGUGCACAGGUGCAAAGUCCUUCGUUCCUGGAUAUUGUUGGCCCUAAUGGUUUUGGUCUUGGUAUGGAGAGGAUAUCUGUUCCUAGCAUUUUACUCGGGAGUCGGGAAGGCUUUACCGCAGAUUCAUUUUCCUUGUGUUUUGGACCUGAUGGAGUUGGGAGAAUCAAUUUUGGUGACAAGGGGACUCCGGACCAGGAAGAGACCCCCUUAACCCCUUUAAUUAUAAUCCUUUACAGUAAUCCAACAUACAACAUUAGUGUAACUCAGAUUAGAGUGGGGACAGAUAUUAUGGACAUUGAUUUCACAGCUCUUUUUGAUUCUGGAACUUCUUUCACAUAUUUGAUGGACCCAACUUAUAUAAGAAUUUCAGAGAGCUUCCAUUCACAAGCUCGAGAUAAGCGUCAUCAACCUGACUCAAGGAUUUCAUUUGAAUAUUGUUAUAAUAUGAGUCCUCGUGCAAAUGCCAGUUGGAGAUGUGUCAGUUUAACCAUGAAAGGUGGAAGCCAGUUUGAAAUAUAUGAUCCAAUCAUUGUUAUAUCCACUGCGAACGAGCUGGUCUAUUGCCAGCUGGCUGUUGUCAAGAGUUUGGGACUAAAUAUAAUUGGACAAAAUUUCAUGACAGGCUACCAUGUUGUCUUGGGCUGGAAGCAGUUUGACUGCUAUGACACUGAGGACCAUCAUACUUACUUACCUUUUAAACCAAGCUCUCACAGUGCCCCUCCUGGUUUUGCUCAUGGACUACGUACUAUUUCAAGCUCGACUUCAGCUGCUUCUCUGCUUCACUAUAGUCAUACCUCUCUUCUGACUUGCUUUAUAUUCAUCAGCCUCUCCUUCCUAUUAGUAUAGCUGUGAUUUUCUGGUCUGUUGCAGAGUUCCAUGUGGUACAUAAAAAUGUAGAACUGUAGAUCACAA